UUGUCUUUCAAUUCAUUUAUCUGCAGGAAUGACCGCUACUACCAGUCUACAGCUCACCGCCUGACUAGGGAGGUGAAAGUUUCGCCACGGGAAGAGAAACCGCAAAAUACAAUAUUGUAGCCUCCAUGAUUUGCGUGUGGAUGGGAUGAGAGGAAGAGCAGCGGAACAUUCCUUUCUUGUUUUAGUUGCCUCAUUGAGUUGUAGACUUACGGAAGAUGCUGCUGGACGCAGGACCCCAGUACCCCACCAUAGGAGUCACUACGUUCGGCUCCUCACGGCAUCACUCAACAGGCGAAGUCACAGAAAGAGAAGUGGCUUUGGGGAUAAAUCCGUUCGCAGACGGGAUGGGAGCUUUUAAAAUCAACCACAGCUCCCACGACCUGAGCUCCGGCCAGACGGCGUUCUCCUCCCAGGCUCCCGGCUACGCUGCUGCCGCCCUUGGUCACCACCACCACCCGACACACGUCAGCUCCUACUCCACCGCAGCAUUCAACUCCACCCGGGACUUUCUCUUCAGAAACCGGGGCUUCGGAGACGCAACCAGCGCGCAGCACAGCCUGUUUGCCUCGGCAGCGGGAAGUUUUGCAGGGCCACAUGGACACUCCGAUGCCACGGGGCACCUGCUCUUCCCUGGACUCCACGAGCAAGCCGCCAGCCAUGCGUCGUCUAAUGUCGUCAACAGCCAGAUGCGCCUUGGCUUUACCGGGGACAUGUACGGCCGGGCUGACCAGUACGGCCACGUUACGAGCCCCCGCUCCGACCACUACGCCGCAACCCAGCUGCAUGGCUAUGGCCCUAUGAACAUGAACAUGGCGGCUCACCACGGGGCAGGGGCCUUCUUCCGAUACAUGAGGCAGCCCAUCAAACAAGAGCUCAUCUGUAAGUGGGUCGAGCCCGAACAGUUGUCGAACCCCAAAAAGGCUUGCAACAAAACUUUCAGCACGAUGCACGAGCUCGUGACCCACCUGACGGUGGAGCAUGUGGGGGGACCGGAGCAGUCGAACCAUAUCUGCUUCUGGGAAGAAUGCGUCAGAGAAGGAAAACCGUUCAAAGCCAAAUACAAACUUGUAAAUCAUAUCAGAGUACACACGGGAGAGAAACCAUUCCCAUGUCCCUUCCCAGGCUGUGGAAAAGUAUUUGCCAGAUCGGAAAAUCUAAAAAUCCACAAAAGGACACACACUGGUGAAAAGCCUUUCAAGUGUGAGUUUGAUGGCUGCGACAGGCGGUUUGCUAACAGCAGCGACCGGAAGAAACACAUGCACGUCCACACUUCUGACAAGCCCUAUCUCUGCAAGAUGUGCGACAAGUCCUACACACAUCCCAGCUCUCUGCGGAAACACAUGAAGGUUCACGAGGCUACCACGCAAGGACCUCAACCGUCGCCAGCGGCCAGUUCCGGGUACGAGUCGUCCACGCCGCCCACCAUCGUGUCCCCGUCCGCGGAGAAUCAGAGUUCCAGUUCCAUAUCGCCGGCAGCAUCGACAGUGCACCACACGACCAGUCACCACACCACGCUGUCGUCAAAUUUUAAUGAAUGGUACGUGUAAAAUAUUUUCACAAAGACUGCAGAAAUAGGACUGGAAUCAAAGACUUUUGAAAGUCAGCCUAUAACGCGUGGACCGAGAGAAAAAACGAGGAAGCCAAAAUGGUUGGUUAACCGCUAAAGAGAAAGAGAAAGAGAGAGUGAGAGAGAGAGAGAGAGAGAGAGAGAGAGAGAGAGAGAGAGAGAGAGAGAGAGAGAGAGAGAGAGAGAGAGAGAGAGAAAGCGAUGCAUGGACAAGGUGCAAAGCCAGCUACCAAGUUAACGUUUUUUUUUUUUCGUUCCUUUCCUCCCUCAUUUUUGAAAGAGGUCUCAAUGCAUGCUAUCUGCGGGUCGUGGCCGGAUUUUUUUAAUUUUUUUUGUACAUUAAGAUUCCCAGUACAAAAAAUGUAAUAUUUUAUUUUGUAAAUAAUUAUAUCACAGUUUAACGGAAUUUGUGCAAAUGUGGACCCUAGAUAUAUGGAAAAUGAAAUGGUUUUAACAAUAACAUUGCGAUGAAUAGUGUUGAUUGGACAGAAUGUUGUAGUUGAUGUGUACCAAAUGUGAAUUCCUAAGUAUAACUACCGUCUCCACUAUGUCGACCUUACCGACUAUUAGUCUAUUAAUGUGCUUUUGUAUUUGGUGCAACAUUUCGUCUACGGUCCAGUUGGAGUAGCCCAGUACUUACCAUUGUUGUUAUUUAAUGUCAUGUCGAGAAAUCGUGUAUAGUGAAAGCCUGAAACUCCGUGUCGUCUGUUUAUGUAGGCCUUCGUGAUAAAAUAUAACAACUAUUUGUCCAUUACCUUGAUAAUGUCAAAGAAGUAUUACCAACAUGUAAAUAUCUCGAUUUUCCAUAUUUAUCCGCAUGUAAAGGGUAACACAUGUUAGAAAUGAUCGGUAUUUAUGGAGAAAUGCGCUAGUAUGUACAAUUUAGUUUGCAAAAAAUGUUUGGUUACAUUUCGUACUAUAUUAAAGGAUUAAAAAUACAA